GUCAAUCUGGACAAGAUGGCCAAGGUCCUCGUUAUCUUCGUCGUUGUGGCUUCUCUGGUUGCUUUGGCAUCUGCUAGUGAUGCCGACCCCAUCAACGACUAUUGUGUGGCGGAUUUGGCUAGCAAGAUCACCAUCAACGGCCUGGCCUGCAAGGCUGCCUCGUCUGCCAUGUCGGAGGACUUCGCGUUCAGGGGCUUCCGCAAGGACGGAGACACCAACAACCCCCUCGGCAUCGCGCUUGCACCAGGGUUCGCGGGCAUCAACUACCCCGGGUUGAACACCCUUGGAUUCGCGUUGGCCAAGUUCAACUACGCCAAGGGUGGGCUCGUGCCCCCUCACACCCACCCCAGGGCCGCGGAGGUGAUCUACGUGGUGAAGGGAGAGGUGCACGUCGGAUUCGUCGACACCGCCGGGAAGCUCUUCGCAACGAGCCUGAAGAGGGGCGACUUCUUCGUGUUCCCCAAGGGAUUGGUGCACUUCCAGCUGAAUGUGGGCAGCGGUCACGCCGUGACGAUCUCGGUGUUGAACGGGCAGAACCCCGGCGUACAGUUCUUCACCGCCGUGUUCGCAGCACAGCCGUCAAUCGACACCUCGGCACUGGCCAGGGCGUUCCAGCUCAAGGACAUGGAUGUGAUGGACUUGCAGACCAAGUUCAAGCCCGCCGCGUAAGCUAGUCCAUCCGGAUUGCCAACCGGGUCGUUGGCGAGAUGAGGAGCGACACAUUGUGGACAUUGUAGUCGAUAGGUAUCGUCGAUUGAUUGGUUGUUGUAUUCGAUGUUUUGACUCUGAGAUACCUCACCGUUAGUAUGUGGGUAUUACCAACUGUAUAUCUUGAGGAUGUAGUGUUAGGACUUGCUGUAUGUAUUGAGGGAUGCACUGGUUUUGAUUUGUAUCAGAUAGGCCUUAAUAUGUGUAAGAUUGGUAGAAAAUGACA